GUAAAUAGGUGUAACUACUGCGGCUCUGUGGGCAGGAGACGUGUCCCCAGGAGGGGCAUUAGGUACGGGCAGGGAAAGACCCCCAGCCACCCUGCAGAGCAGCAUGGGGAAGAGUCAGCUCGCUUGGGCUGAAAAAGGGGAAAAAAAGAAAAAGACAGAAACAGAAGUCAUCGAAGCCUUAGAGGAAGAACUCCUUGUGAAUUCAAAAGGUCCCCAAGACUUGGAGCUCAAAACCUCUAGCCAGAGCCUCAGGCACUCACAGGGAUUUAUCGGAAGAUCUCUUCCUUUUUAGCAUCGUGUCACUGCCAGAUGCACCACGGGCUGCAGAGCCGGUCGGCACCACCACGCAGUUCUCCCCUUCCCACGGUAGCAAGUGACGCUGCGGUGGAGCUUCUGUUGGGGGGAAAAGUCAUGUUUGACAGAACCCUGCACAGUCCAACCUCGCAGCUCGGCUGAUCCGAGGGCAGAGGAGAGGUUUCCAAAGAACUGACACCCCCCCCCCCAUUCCCGGGGAGGCUUUUCUGGUGUUUCUUUCUUAAACAAAGGGACAUUGGUCAAAUUUAUUUUUAUUUUUUUUUUAAAUUUAUUUUUCUCAAAGCAAUUGAAAGGAGUGCCUGGAAAGCUGAAGCAGAAAAAGCUUAGCCUCUUAACAUUGGCUCCGUGGCAUGCCGUUAACUGGGAUUAAGAAAGUCAACUAAUGCUUCACAGCACCAGGAUUUCAACAGCACGGAGCCUCCCGAGGCAGGGAACCGCGACGGCAAAUUCAGCAGGAUCUCAAAGCAGCAGCUGCCUCUCCCCGCAGAUGCCGUUUAACCCCGGAUUUGCGUGCAUCCCACUUCUGAAAAUCAGCUGGAAAUCCAUCGUGCCUUCCCUUCACGGACAGUGAGCGCUGCCAGCCAAAGCCUUGGCUCCUCUCUGCCCGGCUGCCGGCACCGGAGCUGGGUUAGGGAGAGCCCUUUCCCACGCAGGUGGAGGGGGGUCCCGGCAGACUCCCGGAGCUCCCAGCCCGUCCCCGCUGACCCACGGAUGAUCCAGCGCAUUUCCCCAAAAGAGGCGUGCUGGGGGAACGAGGGCCAGGACACGAGGUACCUGUAUCAUUUUUGAUUAAUAUUUGUGGAUGAAUGCUGUAAAUAUGAGCCAAGAAGAUGUAAAAAAGUCGCUGAGCCAUGCAAGUGAAUUAAUUUGCUUUUAGACAAAAUGCGGCUGGUUUUCAGGCUUUUGCGAGCAGGAACAUUAUUCCUUUCCUAUGCCAAAGACUGACUGCGUUUGCUCUCCUGCUUUACUUCUACUGUGGAGAACAUUUAAGCAAGAACAUGUAUAGCGAAUUGCUAAAUUCAACCAGUGCCACCGAAGCUCACCUAAUCAUUCAGACCAACACGCCCUACCUGAGCGGCACACCGCGACCCGUGAGCUCCUCGGCUUUUUACAUGUCGACAGCCAGGGUGUUAAAAGAAGGGGAAAUAAAUAAGCCAGACCUGGUGACUUACAUCAUUCUGUUUUUCUUUCUGCUCUUGACUGUGACACUCAUUGUGCUCUUCAUAAACUGCCAGCUGAAAAAUUCUUUUUUUGCUACUCUCCCUUACGACAGAUCGCUCAGAGAAGCGAGGAGCCCGUGGAGGACACAAGCUGUCUGACACGAGAGAGAAACUAUGACUUACAACAGUAGCAGGCACCAGAAACCCUGUGCAAUAAGGUGUUAUUUCCAUAUGUCAGUGAACGGAUUUGACCCUCUUUAAAGUAACAGGCUGCAUCGCAGGAAACGAUUGCUGAAAAAUAUGCUGUAUGCAAAUCGGAAUAGCUGUAAAUAAAGAGCUCUGUUAUGAACUAAAGAGAGAAUGCUUUAGAAAAUUUAUACAGUUUUGCGCAAAAAAAAUUGCCCCGUGAUUCCAGAUUAAGGUCUAUAUGUAUGCAAAUGUCAUCAUCCACCCAUUCAGUGUCCGUACAAGGAUAUUUGCAUUAACGACAAUCUCCGAUUCGGGCAUCUGGCAGAGCUUGUUACCCAUGUUUAUGAAACCAUAGCAUCAAAUGUAAAAAACCCACAGUCUAUUUACCUAAUGGCUCCACGCUGAGGGUACGAGUUUACUUUCCAGACCCAUUUCUCUCAACUGCUGCUGAAACUGCAUGGUGAUGCAGCAGGAGUCCUGCCAAGCAGGAGGAGAACACAAAAAAUGCUUAUUUAGACUUUUGACUGUGAUUCUGUUAAGGGUGGUUUUGAUGUUUUACUGCAUCCUUGAUCAGGUUUUAAGUUACCAUUUAUGUGAAACCCUAAAUACCCAGGGAAUUUGUUUUCAACUUUCUUAAGCUACAAAGGAAAUUAUUCGCCACAGCAUGGAACCAAAAUAAUCAGGAUGGGGAGAAGGAAGGAGAGAAAAUAAAUAGCAUUAGUAGUAUGUAAACUACUGAAAGGGGAGAGCAGAGUGCUCUGAGAUCAGUACAAAAAAAUAGAUAACUUCGAAAAGCCAUAAACCACAGUUUUCUGGGAGUAGUUGCUUUAACGCACAACAUCCCCAACUCCUUGCUCUUCAUAUAAAUCUGGCACAAUUAGAAGCACGCUUUAUCCGUAGGGCAACAGUUUGAUUCAACAUCGAUCAGUGGCAAACCCCACCAUUUUAAGCUAUUAGCUAUCUGAUUUUGUUCUAAAAAGCUUCUGCUUAACCUUGUUAGCUGACAUGCUAUUUUAGAGGUGCCGUUUUCUAGGAAACUUGCAGUUACAGCACAAUUCCAGAUCAAACUGCACGAACCCCAGAACAGUAUUUGGAUUUCCCACAAGAAGUGGGCAAAGGGCUUUUUUUUUUUUUUUUUUAACCCCAGUGGCUCAACAUACAAGUGAAUUGCAGUUCUCCAGAAAGAGAGUCCUAAACCUUAUUUUUGCUCCAAUUUUUGUUAGUGCAUCAUCUAUCAGAAGAAUGGGGUUCAAGUGAUGUCAGAAGCUGUGCCCCUAAAAUCGUUCUUAACAUGGCAGAGUACAGCAGAGGUGCUUUGUGUAUAUAUGUACAUAACUUAUUUAAUCCAAAUGAGGAUUUUACAAUGCAAUUACACACACGUACAGGCUUGCACUUGAACACAGACAAAACGUGUAUAUAUGCGAGCCUGUUUGCAAGCUUUUUUUUUUUUUUUUUUUUACACAGAAACUGCACAGUUGACAACAGUUCCAUGUCAUCGUCUUGGUUACCAUGUUUUAUUAUGCUCAAGUUAAACUACUAUAUAACAGGCUUAAAUAUUUCGUUCCUCGACAGGUGGCCAAUUUUUACUUCCUCUGAACCAAAUUUAACUGGUGUAAUUCCAAGUAACUAAUGUAGAAAGCAAGAAUAAAUUCAAGUGUGUUUAUCUCAGUCCUUUUUGAAUAAAUCAAGUUUUAUCAAA